GAUCACAAUCGAGUGCAACGCAAGUUAUGAGCCAAUUUAUUUCACUUUCACAACCAACUUCGAAUCAAUUUACAGAGGAAAGUUUUUUCGAUAGCGUUGUAAGAUGGGGAUUUCAACAAGAAAGUGGCACAAUAAAUCCAUAUCAUAGUCCCAGUAAAUUUAAAGCAAAGUCUUUCUAUGUAAAAUCUUCUGGACUUUCAGCAGAGGGUGUUCAAUCGCUUGUGAAUUUUAUGAAAGGUCUUCCCACCGCAUGUCCAACAUAUGCAGUAUUUGAUUUAUACGCUGGUGGUGCGGCAGCUAGAAUUGCAGAAAAUGCUACUGCGUUCGUGCAUAGGAACGUAUUUCAUUCGAUUGAAUUAUUUACAACUCUGAAUGGUGAUAAUACGACAAACACACAAUGUUUUAAUCAGUUAAAUAGUUUUGGUGAAAUUUUUCAGUCGAAUUAUACUGAUUAUAGUAGUUAUCAGAAUUAUAUGGAUCGAGAUUUAACAGAUUGGCAGCAUAGAUAUCACGGCAGUAAUUUGCCUGCAUUAAUUGCUGUAAAAAAAAUAUAUGAUCCUAAUAAUGUAUUUGGAUUCGUUCAAGGUAUUCCUUUGGCUUAG